GGGUAAAUUACAAAAUGGUGACACAUAGUAUCUUGUAGUAACAUCGUUGUGUGCUUUUUUUAUCUUUAGAAUGCACUUUCAUCAGAUAGUCAGAAUUUGAAUAAGGCUAGAAAGAAGUAUUCCAACGUAAGUUGGAGUAUAUGUAAUCUUUUGCUUGCCGUAAAUUGCUUUUAAUAAAAAUGAUGUCAACAAGAUAUGUUUCUUUUAUAUCUGGAAUAAUAAUAGCUUCAUUAACAUGGGCCUCUAGUUUAUAUCUUUAUUCAAGAUUAUCUCAAAAUACUAAUACUGCAAAUCCAACAAUGUUAGUAUUAGAGAAUUCAAAGUUAGGAAAAGACUCUCAAUUUUAUCAUAAAACUUAUAGUAAUCAACAUCUUAAAUUCCACAAUAAUUUAAUUGCUCAUCAUGACAAACAAAGUAUGAUAGAUAAAGGUACUUAUAAUUUAAGGAGAAAUGCCUUUAAAAAUAGUGACAAACUAUUACAACAAUUACAACCUGUACCAGUAAAACCUGCUGUUACAUUAGGACAAGGUUUAGAUGAACUAGGAAUGGUAAAAAAUUUUGAAGAUCAACGAAAACGAGAUGAAGGAUAUAAAAAUUACUCCUUUAAUAUAUUAGUGUCAGAUAAUAUUGGGCUGCAUAGAGAAUUACCAGAUACGAGGCAUAAAUUAUGUGAAAUACAAAAUUAUUCUUCUAAAUUACCAAAUGCUAGUAUUGUUAUAUGUUUUUAUAAUGAACAUUAUAUGACACUUUUAAGAUCCUUGCAUUCCAUUAUUGAUAGAACUCCUGCAAGUCUUCUACAUGAAAUUAUCUUAGUAAAUGAUUGGAGUGAUAGCGAAGCGUUACAUGAAAAAAUUAAGACAUACAUUGCCAACAAUUUUGAUGGUAAAGUGAAAUUUUAUAAAACAGAGAAACGAGAAGGAUUGAUCAGAGCAAGAAUGUUUGGUGCAAGGAAAGCAACUGGAGAAGUUUUAAUUUUCUUAGACAGUCAUAUAGAAGUAAACAAAAGGUGGAUAGAACCCCUCCUCUCACAAAUUGCUCAUUCAAAAACUGUCAUUGCCAUGCCAGUUAUUGAUAUAAUUAAUCCAGAUACAUUUCAAUAUACUGGUAGUCCUCUGGUAAGAGGAGGUUUUAAUUGGGGUUUGCAUUUUAAAUGGGAUAAUGUGCCAAUUGGUACAUUUGUUCAUGAUGAAGAUUUUGUAAAACCUAUAAAGUCUCCAACAAUGGCUGGAGGUUUAUUUGCAAUGGACAGAAAAUACUUUACAAAAUUGGGAGAAUAUGAUGCUGGUAUGGAUAUCUGGGGUGGUGAAAAUCUUGAAAUAUCAUUUAGAAUUUGGAUGUGUGGUGGAAGUAUUGAAUUAAUACCAUGCUCAAGAGUUGGACAUGUAUUUAGAAGAAGGAGACCAUAUGGUACAUUUGAUCAACAUGAUACUAUGUUGAAAAAUUCAUUACGCGUCGCACAUGUUUGGUUAGAUGAAUAUAAAGAUUAUUUUUUAAAAAAUGUUCAAAAAGUUGAUUACGGUGAUAUUUCGGAAAGAUUAAAUUUAAGAAAGAGAUUAAAAUGUAAAAAUUUUGCAUGGUACUUAAAUGUAGUAUACCCUGAACUAGCAUUACCAGAUGAUAAUAAAAAUAGAUUAAAAGAAAAAUGGGCAAAAAUCGAACAGAAACCGAUACAACCCUGGCAUUCUAGGAAAAGAAAUUACACUGAUCAAUAUCAAAUUAGACUUUCUAAUUCAGCAUUAUGCAUUCAAAGUGAGAAAGAUAUUAAAACAAAAGGUUCUAAACUUAUAUUAGCACCAUGUUUAAGAAUUAAAUCACAGAUGUGGUAUGAGACUGGUAAAAACGAAUUAGUACUUGGCCAGAUGCUUUGCAUGGAAGGAGCUGAGAAAGUUCCAAAGCUUGGAAAAUGCCAUGAGAUGGGUGGCAAUCAAGAAUGGCAUCAUAAAAAUACUAAUAAUACACCUAUAUAUAACAUGGCAGCUGGCACAUGUUUGGGAAUAAUGCGGGGAGUAAAAAGCACACAAAUAGUAAUGGAUUUGUGUACUAAAAAAGAUACAAGCUCUAUAUCAUGGGAUUUGGUACACUCUAAAAUUCUUUUAAAAGAAAUUAGGUGACAUCAAAUGGGGCGAUGGUAGUUACAGAAAUAAAAGAUAAAAAAUAGAUUUUUAGAGAAAAAAGGUAAUAAGAGGAAAAUUAUCAUAAAUAUUAUCAUAAAUUUUAACAAGCGUUUGUGAUAUGGAAUAGAUUAUUAUGAAAGUUUUAGGAUUUUUAUAUUGUUUUAUACAUUGCAUUCUUUAAUGUUAUUUUACAUUAUGAAGAUGAAAUAAUUAUUAUUAUUAUUAAAAAUGUAUAAAAGUAAAAAUUGAAUUUUUUAAAGAAUUUUAAAUACAAUUUUAACCAAUUUUUAAUAUUAUGGAACGGUUACUAUAGCUAAUAUUUUAUUAAUAGAAAUGAAUUUCUCUGAAAGUAGAAACAUAUGAAACAUAUACAUAUUUAAUCAUAUGUAUAGAUAUGUACAUAUACAUAUAUUUGUACAUAUAUUAUAACUUCAAGUCAGUCAAUGCAGUUAAAUGCAGAUGUCAAGCUCAUACGUCGUAUGUUAUGCGGUAUCGGAACCAUAAAUAAUGUGUCAUCAAGGUUUAAGCUGAAGAUCCACUGGCAAGUUACGCUAAUCCAAGAACAUUUGCCUCAAUCUAUUUAUAUGGAGCCGUUUUCAUUAGCAAACUAAACUGGCUCAGCCACUUGAAAAAUCGAUUCUGUACACAUAUAUGGAACCAUUUCUACUUAAGCUAAGUUCAAGUGCCUUGAAGGCCCAUUUAACUCGGGCUAGCAUGAGAUUGCCUCGUGACCUUACAAAAGCUUAUCAAGGAGCCUUUUCCUCAAUGAUUUUAUGUGAUGAUUUUAAUGAGUUUAAUCGAUUGUUCCGAUGAAAUUUCGGAAAAAUCACGUACCGAAAUCCGUUAUCUUCAGGACAAAAUGUAUGUCGCGCAUCGUAACAAAACAACAUAUAGAUUUUCUGAUGAUCCACACACCUUCGCGUCUUUAUACUCGCACCAGGCAGCCUAACAAACCACCUAUAAAAAUGACAUCUAAUCAAAAAAUUAAUACAUCGAUCAUUCGAAAUAGCUAUUAACCAAUAACAUUAUUUCUAUGUAGCUGGGAAACCCAAAAGUUAACGUGAUUCGAUUCAAGCAAAUAGAUAGAUCAGAUUACAUUCUCUCGAAAGUAUAAUAUUGACAUAAAUAAUUUCAUUGUUUAUAUGAUAUGAUAUUCAUAUCAUAAUGACAAAGAAAUUUUCUAUCAUAAUAUACGGUAUAUACAUUUGACUGCUAAUUGACAAAAACCCAAAAUUUAUUAAUUUUCUUUAUGUUUUUAAACCCUCGCAACAAGUUUUUUGCGCACUACUAAUAAAUUUUUGACAUAAAUAGGUAAAUAAUUUUCUAUAAGGAAUGCUAUGAUGAAUCGAUUAAUGUAUUAAAAAAUGUAAAACAUUUCAUUUAAAAAAGUGAAGUUGAUCUCCUUCGAUUCCCGAACAAUUUUUACGAUACAGCCAUGAAGAAAUGGCAUAUAGCUUUACAAUGAUUUCGACAUACAAUAUGUAUUUUCAAA